AUGAGAACAGUCUUCGUAGUUUUGACACUUUUUUCUUCUCUUCUUGGAAUCAUUGGGGUUCUUUUCAACUUUCUCGUUUGCCUUGUCUACUUCACAAACACAAGGCUCUUAGAUGCUCCCAAUCUCUUCAUCCUAAACAUCACCCUUGGCGACCUACUGUACUCAUUGGUCGCCUGUCCAAUGCUGGCAGCAUCAAACGCCAGAGGCGAAUGGCUAUUCGGAGACGCAGGUUGCACUGCGUCUGGUUUCAUCGCAACGUUUUUCGCUCUUGGAGCAAUGAUGAACCUGGUCGGUGCCGCAUACGAACGUUACACCACAAUCUGUAAGCUAUUUGACGAUGGCGAAGUUCAGUUUAGUCGAAAAAAAGCUUUGCUUCUUUCCGGGUUUUCGUGGUGCUACUCGUUCUUCUGGAGCGUUCUUCCCAUCCUUGGAUGGUCGAGCUAUGUUCAGGAAGGAGUUGGAACCAGCUGCUCUGUAGAUUGGAAGUCAGGAGGAAUGGAGAAUGUUUCCUACGCCGCAUGCUUGACUCUCUCUUGCUUUGUAGUUCCGGUUGCUAUCAUCGUCUUCUGUUUCUACAAGUUGAACAGAACGGUUCAAAAGUUGAGCGAGCGAGCACGGGUACACUGGGGAGAGAACUCCAUUGCUACCCAAGAAACUAUCGCGGCCGAGAACAAAAUGACCCGGAUAGCUUUUGUCAUGACAACGGCUUUUAUAAUUGCUUGGACGCCGUACGCGGUCACCUCAACUGUAGCAAUGUUCAAUCCAAAUCUGAUCAGCGAUAUAGGCGCGUCGAUCCCAGCCUAUUUCGCCAAAUUUUCAGCGUGCUAUAAUCCUUUCAUUUACUUGUUUAUGUAUAGGAAACUUCGGAAAGCCAUGAAGAAAGUGCUCUACUGUGGGAGCGGGACAUAA